AUUUCUUUUUGGUUGCGUUUUGGUUACAAGAACAUGUUAGUUACUAAUAGGUUCCACUGGCUCCACCCAGUAAAAGCCAUCUCUGGAGUGACAACACAAUGAAAAUGCGUGCAGACUAAACAUAACCUCCGACGCGAUCAAUCUACUGGUCUUAGUUGCUUUGUUUCAAAGCCGUACAAAACGGGAAAAAACAGCUUCGUCCAAUCAAUAUUUUACCAUGAAUCAUUUAAAAAACCUUAGCGAACGCGUAAUGUGUCCAUUUGACCCUGUGCACGUGGUAGAAAGACGGAGAUUUCAAGCCCAUCUCAUCAAAUGUAAACGAAAUCUUCCCAAAAACCAUGACUUUGUACAGUGCCCAUAUUGGCAUUUGCACUAUGUCCGAAGGAGUGAAAUGAAUGACCAUUUUGAAUCCUGUGAGCAUAAGCUAGAAAAAGAGGCAAAUAAGAAAAUCUGGGAUGCUGAAACUCAGCCAAAGUUCUUCCAGCCAAAACUCAUGUUUAAUGAAGUGCUUCCAGCCCCCGAACUAGAGAACUGGGAUGAUAUAACUCAGACUGCACCACAUUUCUCAGCAGAUAUCAUGCGUGCCAAAGCUAAUUACAUGACUGUUCCGCAGGGAUUGACUAAAUCUAAGCGCAAGGACUUCCGGGAUAGAGAACGUGAACGCCUGCGGGAAAAAGAAUUUGUAAAUGAUCCGAAAAUGGUUGAGGUAAAAGGAGAAAAAAAGAAGGACCUAGUGGAACCUGAAGCACAGCCGCCCCCAAGAAAGCCAAUAGAGAAUCCAGUACAGCGUCUUGGACGAAUUGCGGCAAAAUUCCCAACACAGAAAGGCCCGGAAGAAAAAUCCAAUGAAACUUUCUCUUCAAUCGCGUAUUCAAAUCGACGGAAUGAAACCGGAAAUACUCCUGUUAUUGGAAGAGGAAGGGGACUUUUAGGUUGGAGCCAUGUAGCAGAACCAGAACGGGCAUAUCGCUUUAGCUCAGACGAUUUCCCUAAACUGUAGAAAGCCGAAGCCCGCCACAAAAUUUUUUUUUUUUUUUGCAGUUUAUUGUUGCAAUAACUCAGAAAUUUGGGGACCCAAUAAAUAGAACUUUUGAUCGAAA